AUGGCGCAGGGCGGCGAACAACCGGGCGGCGCCGGCUGUAGCCCGGGGAAACCCGCCGGCCGCGCCUGCGCACUGCGCCGCCGACGCCGGCCCGAGAAGGGCAGCUGCCAGGAGCUGCGCGCCGCCCGCGAGUUCUCGCGAGAACAGCGGCCCGCGGGAUCUAAUGUUUUAAAAAUGAAAGUUGCUCAGUUGCAAUGCCACGUGGGAAGGAGGCGUGGAGCUGAGUCCUGGAGCGCCUGCCACUGUCCCCAUGUCUCCUUGUCUCCCCCAGACUGGGGACCUCUCCCUCUGCACCUGGAUGCCUCAGGGCCACCAGAGGGCGCGCAUCGCAACUUCGCUCCAAAGACCGCGCCGCCCGCCCGCCCAGCGGCGCCUUUGUACCGCGCCGCCACCGCCCCAAGCCGGGAGCUGGAGGCCUCCCCGGCCAGGCUGGCCCUGGAGCUUCAAAGCUGCCCGGCGCGUGCCAGUGCUCGUCGCCCGGCCUCGGACUUGCCGCCCGCCUUCGACCCGAAUCGGCCCAAAUCUGGCCCGCGGACCCUGCGGCCCGGUGGGAAGAGCGCCCCAGAGCUGCUGUUGCGCUGCCUUGGCGGCACUGACUGCUCCUUGCACAUAAAGAGCAACAUGGGCACGGAGCCCGCCACCCGGGGCAGCCUCAGCGUCCCCGCCGGCAGCUUCCGCAAGGUCUGGGGUCCUGAGGGGCGCGGGGUGGGCGCCCUUCCCCUGGCCGGCGUCGGGGCAGAGCGGGUGGGUGGUGGUCCCAUUCUCUAA